AUGGCUGCCGUUUCCAUUUCCUCUGCAACUAAGCUCAACAAUCAAACGCCACCAUCCCACAAGCACACCUCAAAUCCUUUCCCCACGCGCCUCCCCUUCUCCAAUCCCUCCAUCUCCCUUCCCAAGCUGACUGUCCCCUCCCCCAAUUUCAGCCUCUCACGCGCCGCCACGGUUCCCAGCGUCCUCAAAACAGAGCAAACUUCAGAAUUGACCCCCGACGCCAGGGAAGGUUCAGAUCCGGGAACCCAAUCGGCGAGGCCGACCGUUUUGGUCUCCGAGAAGCUCGGGGAGGCGGGGCUCGAAUUGCUCCGCUCUUUCGGGAACGUCGAGUGCCUGUACGACCUGUCGCCGGAGGACCUGUGCGCGAAGAUCGGGGAGUGCGACGCGCUGAUUGUGCGGAGCGGGACGAAGGUGACGCGCCGGGUUUUCGAGGCGGCUGGGCGGAAGCUCAAGGUGGUGGGGCGCGCCGGCGUCGGGAUUGAUAAUGUGGAUCUGCAGGCGGCCACCGAGUUCGGGUGCUUGGUGGUGAACGCCCCGACAGCGAACACGAUUGCCGCCGCCGAGCACGGGAUUGCUUUGCUUGCGUCCAUGGCGCGAAAUGUUGCACAGGCUGAUGCGUCCAUGAAAGAUGGAAAAUGGCAACGUAACAAAUAUGUUGGUGUUUCUCUGGUUGGGAAAACUUUGGCAGUAAUGGGAUUUGGGAAAGUUGGUUCUGAAGUUGCAAGACGUGCUAAAGGACUUGGAAUGACUGUGAUUGCCCAUGAUCCGUAUGCUCCGGCUGAUCGAGCACGUGCAAUUGGUGUGGAAUUGGUGUCGUUUGAUGAAGCCAUUUCGACUGCAGAUUUUGUUUCUCUCCAUAUGCCUCUCACCCCUACAACUAACAAGAUAUUUAACGAUGCUACAUUUUCUAAGAUGAAAAAGGGAGCGCGUAUAAUUAAUGUUGCGCGUGGUGGUGUUAUAGAUGAAGAUGCUCUAGUGAGGGCCCUCGACAGUGGAAUAGUUGCCCAGGCAGCCCUAGAUGUGUUCACAGAGGAGCCCCCGUCCAAAGAUAGCAAAUUAGUACAGCAUGAGAAUGUCACAGUCACACCUCAUCUUGGAGCUAGCACCAAGGAAGCCCAGGAAGGAGUUGCAGUUGAAAUAGCCGAGGCUGUUGUUGGUGCACUGAGAGGGGAACUUUCAGCCACUGCAGUCAAUGCCCCCAUGGUCCCGCCCGAGGUUUUAUCCGAAUUGGCUCCAUAUGUCACUCUGGCAGAGAAGCUUGGCCGACUGGCCGUGCAAUUGGUGGCCGUUGGAGGCGGUGGGAUCCAAUCUGUGAAGGUGACUUACAAGUCGGGCAGGGACCCGGACAACCUGGACACGAGACUCCUGAGGGCCAUGAUAACUAAAGGCAUAAUCGAGCCGAUAUCUGAUGCCCACAUCAACCUCGUCAAUGCAGACUUCACGGCCAAGCAGAAAGGCCUCCGCAUUAGCGAGGAAAGGGUCUUCACAAAUUCUUCUCCCGAGAAUCCUGUCGAGUCCAUUCAGGUCCAGAUAAGCAACGUGAAGUCGAAAUUCGCGAGCGCAGUUAUAGGAAACGGGAACAUUAGCAUCGAGGGGAAAGUGAAGUACGGGACGCCCCACCUGACCCAGGUCGGGUCUUUCAGUGUGGACGUGAGCUUGGAGGGGAAUCUGAUACUUUGCCAUCAGGUAGAUCAGCCCGGGAUGAUUGGGCAGGUCGGGCAGAUUCUCGGGGAACGUAAUGUGAAUGUGAGCUUUAUGAGUGUGGGGAGGACUGUGAAGAGGACUCGGGCGAUUAUGGCAAUUGGGGUCGAUGAAGAGCCGGAUAAGGAUACCCUGAAGAAUAUCGGGGAUGUACCCGCAAUUGAAGAGUUUGUUUUUCUUGAUCUUUGA